AUGCGCAACGGUCGUGAGCGUGAUGGAUUGGUUGAAGAUCCAGAACAGACCGAAGAGCCAGGACAAGUUGAAGAGACAGGACAGGGUGAUGAGACAGGAUAUGGUGGUGAACCAGGACAUGUCGAAGAUCCAGAACAGUUGGGUCAGGGUGAUAAGCCAGGACAAGUUGAAGAGCCAGAACUGUUGGAGCGACUGCUACAAGUCAGUGAUGACGAUGCACCUGCACAUGCUCUGGUCGACAGCGAAAUCAUUCGCGACCGUGAUCAGGGUCCAUGGGAGUUUCUCGUGGAGUACGUGAUUUUCAAUGGGACGAUUUGGACUUGGGAGGCCAGAAUGAUGUUGAAGAAGCGCCCGUUGUCGAAACUGCUGUUGAGGACACGUCGAGAAACGAUGCAGCAGACGACAAGCCCAUGA